UUAAGUGUUAUAUAUAGACUUGGAUUGAGUACCUUCAGUUUAUUCGCCAGUAGUUAAAAUGCGCAACACAAUUAUUAUUUUUGGAGUUCUCUACCUAUGGAUAGCUUUCAGGCUAUCCUACAAUGAAGCAAUUGAAUUUAAAUUCACGAACGCAAUUUGUGAGAGCUACAACGAGUCUUGGUUCAUUAUACACAAAUGUCGGCUAAAAGCUGUAAAUCGAACAGUUAAUACAAUGAAUGUAAAUGGUACAAUUUUACAUCCAGCUUAUCGUAUUGGAGUACAACUGCAAAUGUUUAAACGGGCUAAUGGGUACAAGCCUUGGCUAUUUAAUAUCCAUCUUGAUGCGUGCAGGUUUAUCAAGACACAGUAUAAUCCUUUUGCAAAAAUUGUUUUCGGUCUUUUUAAGGAGUUUUCCAACAUUAACCAUUCCUGUCCCUAUGUGGGUCAUCAAAUAGUCGAAGGAUUUUACCUGAGGCCGAAAUCAUUGCCGCAUGCCAUUCCAUCUGGCAAUUACUUAUUAUCCAUGACAUGGUAUUUUGACAAUAGACCACAAUUUAUAACGAAAUUAUAUUUCAUUUAUAUGGAAGAUUUGUAA